GCUGACUGGCAACCAACCGCCUGCCUCAUCAUUCAUCAAUCUCAAAUGUCACAUGUGCAAUUCACAUCAAAUUCUCUCAAAAUUUUGGGAGUUAAUUAAUUUUAGGUUCAAAAUUAAGGAAUUAUUUUUUGUAAAGCAACUACUUACUAUACGCAAUAAGGACGAUUGACAACUGGUGAACUGCCUGCAGAGAGAAAAGAUUGUUGAAAAUGGGGAAGCAUCGCAAUUCCUCGCCAAAAAGUCGGUCUUCUAAAAAGCAACCGAGAUUAAAUGAUGACUGUGCAGGGGGAAGUCGCCAGAACCCUUCUCCUAUCCUGACCUCGACCCCACAAGCAACUGCAACGAACAAUGGUUCAACCCCAGAACCGCGCGUUGAUCUCGAUACAUACUACAAGAUGAGGGGGUUGUCAUUGUCGCGAGCUCUCCGCCUCAAUAGAAGCUAUGUGGGACAUGAAGGCCCGGUUACAGCGAAGGCCUGCAGAGGACUCGUUUACUUGGACUUGUAUGUUCCUCCAGAAGGAUACACAGAGGCUGACGUGCCCAACAUCGAGGAUCUGCCGUAUAGUCAACCCCUAGAGGAUGACAACGUGUCUCCAGCUAUUCGAAUAGCUGCCAUGUACAAAAUGAAAGAAAAACCUGUUGUUAGAGAUAAAGAUUAUGAUUCCGAUGAGGAAUUUCAGAAAUUGUAUAACAGAAUCACCCACCGUUCGCCCGAUAAAGAAAAUUCGCCUCAAGUUGUGAAGCAAGAAUCAAUGAAACUGGACACAGCUACCGAUUCCGAAUUAAAGAUGGAAGAGAUGUCCCUUAGUUUCAAUACGUCUACUUCUUCAUUCCCAGAUUGGGGAGAUCUCAAUGACUCUGCACUAGUUCGAUGUACUGAGGCCGCUGAAGAGGCAGAACAAAACCUGCAAGAGCAGAACAAGAAAAAUAAGGAAACCGACAAUGAUUUCAGCAUCAUCAAUAUUGUCACUGAAAACAAUACUGGUAUUAGGAAUCAAACAAUCAAUGACAUCACCAUCGGAUCAAUUCCUUUGAAUCCCACAGUCUCAAACAUUUGUGUUGAUACUCCAAAAAGUGCUAAAGGUAUUUCUCGACGGGAUGCUCGAAGAGGCCAAGUUAUGAAAAGUUCAAGACGUUCAUCUUCGAGUACUUCAUCUUCUUUGAACACUGUUGAAAAGAUGACUGUUCCAGUUGGGUCAGAAUCAAAAUCAAUUAGUCAGUCAUCUUCCUACCGAAAACAGGGCAAUCAUCAUGUAUCUCGAACAUUGCUCUGGAAUGAUAAUGAUGUAGCACCAGCACCACCGGCACAAGUAACAAACAAAAUUGGGGAUUUUGAAUCUGACGAUGACGACGAAAUCUUUAGUCAAAUACCAAUACCUGAUGAUAUUGUUGAAAAUGUGGUCAACUACACGACGAAUGGUGCUAAUUACAAACCUGAUAUGCGCGAAUUAUGUGAUCAAAGUACGUUAAUAAUUGCGGACGACGACAGUUUACUAAGUAACACGGACGUUGUUGCUCAAAGUGACGAAGAAAUGACAUCGCCCACUAAAACUAUGAGAAAAAAACAAGAAGACUCAGUGGAAAAUGUACAAAUACAUGGAAUCAUGGAAUCUCGGUCUCGAUCUCUCUCGAAAAAAUCAGUCAAAACAUCAUUCAAUACACGGUAUCGAUAAGUGGUAGAAAAGCUCAACGUAAUACUUUUUAUAAAAUUGUUAUUACUAUAUAUAUAUUCAUAUUUAUAUAUCGGAUUAGGGUAGAUGGCCCAAUAAUUUUGCUAAAAUUUAUAUUAAUUGUUAUAUACCUACACUUGUUAGACCUAUUGUGCUAAUAUAAAAAUUAAAUACUUGUGA